AUGGAUUCUCCCCAGUGGAUGUCAGGAGUGCUGGGGAUGCUGACGGUGGGCCAGGGAAGUUCUUGGGGUCGGUGGGCCAAGGAAGUCCUUGGGGUCGGUGGAGGGAGGAGCGACGACGGGAGGAACCCGAAAGGUGAAGGGGACGGCGAAGGAAAAGGCCAGGCAUCUUUUCCAGAACCCCUAGCGGAAUUCCCUGCCUGCAAAGAGGACUGGGAGGAUGCGGGUGGCAGCCGAUUGGAUAUGGAAGCAUUCAAGCCGUGGGUCUUUGGGAUGUUGGUGGUGGUGGCCGUGAGCCUCGUCCUGGGAGAGCCGGAGCCCCAGAGGUUUGGCGGUGGAUUCGGAAGAGGAGGAUUCGGGGGAGGGUACGGAGGAGGUCGAGGUGGAUACGGCGGAGGAGGCCGCUUCGGUGGGCAUCACGGAGGACAUCAUGGAGGAGGUCGCGGAUCCCCUGGCGGAAUUCCCUGCCUGCAAAGAGGACUGGGAGGAAGCUGGCGGCAGCCGAUUGGAUAUGGAAGCAUUCAAGCCGGUCUGAUCCGCAGUCUCACGUCUUAUGACAUCCCCGAGAGAUCAUCUUCCGAAAGACCUUUGGAGGCUGUUUCAUGUCUCAUUCUCUCUUUUCUCACUUCUCCUCGGUGGGUCCUUGGGGUGUUGGUGAUGGUGGCGGUGAGCCUCGUCCUGGGAGAGCCAGAGCCCCAGAGGUUUGGCGGUGGAUUCGGAGGAGGUGGAUUCGGGGGAGGGUACGGAGGAGGUCGGGGAGGGUACGGCGGAGGCCGAGGUGGGUACGGCGGAGGCCGAGGUGGAUUCGCCUCGUCCUGGGAGAGCCAGAGCCCCAGAGGUUUGGCGGUGGAUUCGGAGGAGGUGGAUUCGGGGGAGGGUACGGAGGAGGUCGGGGAGGGUACGGCGGAGGCCGAGGUGGGUACGGCGGAGGCCGAGGUGGGUACGGCGGAGGCCGAGGUGGGUUCGGUGGGCAUCACGGAGGACAUCACGGAGGACAUCACGGAGGACAUCACGGAGGACAUCACGGCACGUUUGCGCCUGUUGCAAUCGGCGAAUCGCCGCGCCAAGAAAUUAGAACAUCUGGCAACCCUGGGCCAUAGGACUCUAACCCGAGCAAGUGCGCCGUCAGCUAGUCUCAAACCUGUUGACCCCAAGUGGGUCCUUGGGGUCCUGGUGAUGCUGGCGGCGGCUCUCGUCCUGGGAGAGCCAGAGCCCGGAAAUUUUGGAGGGGGAGGGCACGGCGGAGGGGGGUUCGGCCUUGGUGGGGGCUUCGGAGGAGGCGGUAUUGUUAAGGGCGGCUUCGGUGGGGGCCAUGGAGGAGGCGGCUUCGGCAAGGAAGGCUUCGGUGGAGGCUACGGAGGAGGCAGCUUCGGUGGGGGCCACGGCGGAGGUGGUCUUGGCAAGGGCGGCUUCGGUGGUGGCCACGGAGGAGGCGGCUUUGGCAAGGGCGGCUUCGGUGGGGGCCACGGU